UUAGCUCAUUGUGCCCGUGGCAACAGUAAAGUGGGCUCUGUCAGCCCUGUAAAUCCCUGGGUGUGGAUGAAGACUAAGAGAAACACAUGAGAAAAUGGGCUGACAAUCAGAACACCACAGAAACAUUCCCUCAAAGUCUAUGAUGGUGGUCAAAAUCUUGGACAUCUUCGGAGAGCAGCACACUCUGCCAACCCGGAUGUUCUAGCCGUGUCUGAAUCCUGGCUUAGGAAGACCACCAAAAACUCUGAAAUCUCCAUCCCUAACUACAACAUUUUCAGACAAGACAGAACGACCAAAGGGGGCGGUGUUGCAAUCUACUGCAGAGAUAGCCUGCAGAAUUCUGUCCUACUAUCCAGAUGUUUUGGUGAUUUAAGGAUUGUGCUGCUUUACGUACUGUCCCGUGAGUCACAGCCAGCUGCACUCUAACUAACUGGAUGUUUCAGUCCAGAGGCCUCCGCAUGGAUCGAGGGCACUCUGCAUGGUUUCCAAGGCCAAGAUCCUGGUUACAAAGACCAACAUCCUGUUUCCAGAGGCGAUCCCUCAGAGCGUCAGCAGACCCCACCUCUUCAGAUGAUGUCUACAUCAGUUGCCUUUACGCCCAGGGCUUCCGCUGCACUCUGCAGCAGAGGCCCAGCUGCAGCAGUGCCAGGUUGACUCCCAAGAGCAAUGCCAGAGGAGCGGGAGGGAGGCCAGUGAGCAGUGCUCUGGGUAGACUGGAGAACAGCCCAGGGAGGGGGACCAGAGCUAUGAGCAGACCAGUUACUGCACCCGGGGGAGGGGGAAGGCGCAGAGACCCGGGCCAGAGACCUGGAGCUCAAAUCAGGGGCAGGACAGAAUGUCCCAGAGUGCCCUGCAACACCAAACAUAACGACACACAUAGACAGCAGCAGGACACGUGGAGGGGGAGGAGGCCUUUCUCAACAUCAUCUACACUGCAUCUUUAUCUGCCUUCUUCAUCAUACUAUGAGGAUGAAGAGCAGGAGACGGAUAUAGAGAUAGAGAAGGAGGAUGUGAGGCCAACAAUAGAAAACAACGGCCUACAAGACACCACAGAAAUGAUCAGAACACCGACCCCUUCAGAAAAUGUCACAAUGCUGAACCCUAGCAAUAAUACCAGUCUACAACAUGAUCAUGAAGAAACCAUCCAAAUACAAGAGUCCCCUACAUUAAACCCCAGUCUACAGGGCCCCUCAGAGGAUAUCAUCAGGCCACCGGUCCCUACAGAAGACCUCAACUCAAUGGAGCCCACUGACAAUCCCAGGUUUCAGGGGAUAACACAUUACAGAACAACUGGCCUUGUGUUCCCAAAGCAGAGAGCUCAUGGAUAUGACAUGGAACAGCAACAGGAAUGCAACCCUCUCCAGAUAAUGCCGGCAGCUGUUCAAGGGAGGGCCCCUACAUCUGUUAGGCAGCAUGUGAACAGACUCCCCAAAAUAAAAACCACCAAGACCUUUGUGUGGGGCCUUUCUGGACCCCAGGAGAUUAAGAGUGUGUUUGUUCUGCAGAGGCAUAUUGGCAGAUACACAAAUCAGACAUGAGAACAUUCAUAAUGCCAUUCACAUUGAAUCCCAUGUCAAUCCAUAUCUUGGGUUUGUUGGGAUAUCUUACCUGCCAGUGAGACCCAAUUCAUAUCCAAACAUAAGAAAUAGUCAGCUGAAAGGUUAGACCUUACAGGGGGAGCUGUGAUUGUAAAAACACAAUCUCACAUAACCUGAUCCAAGGAAAUGCCAGAGGCAAAGAUGAUAUUGCGAUCUUACUUCCUGUUCAGAAAUAGCAAAUAUGUGUGUUGGUCUCUUUGGGUGAAAGAGAAUGUGGUUUCCUAAUGAAAAAGCAUGUAAACAUGCAUGUAUAUUACACAUUUAGCUCUGGGCUAAAAAUACCUCAUGAGAUAUCAAAGUACACAGAUGGGCUUUGUGUUCAUGUCAAGACUGGGUUCUUCAAUUGUCCAGAUUAUUUUAGACAUAAAAGCAAUAACAUUACACGAAUGUUACGAGAGACAUAAGAAAAUACAAAUGCAUGCCAUGGAAAACAGCAAGCGGAUGGGGAAUUACAAUAUAUUGUGUUCAGUCCCACUGUUUAUGUGUGCGAUGGUCAGCUGCUGAGACAUUUCCCAGUCAUAAGCAGAGCAGUGGAUAAUUUUAGAUAGACUACUGCCUGAGUGAUGCCUAUCCCCAGGACCCCAUACUUCAGCUUUCCUUUAGUCCCAUUACUUUAUAAAAUCAAAACCUUUCUGACCAACUCAUUUGGCUCCAUGACCAAAAUGGCACAAAUAACAUUACCUUACUUCAGUUAAGACCUUACAGUAGGUUAUGGAAUAUUUUGUAAUCAUUCUGCAUUGUUGGGAAGGGCCUGUAAGUAAGCAUUUCAGUGUUAGUCUACACCAGUUGUUUACAAAGCAUAUGACAAAUAAACAUUUGAUUUUGA